AUGAAGAGGACGAUUAAGCAAGUGGAAGGUGAAGAAGAGGUGUCGAGGAAAAGGCCAUCAUCCGUGGUUGUUGGUAUAACAAAAUCUAUAUCAGCUUGCAAAAGGUGUCGGACUAAGAAGAUUAAGUGUGAUCAUGAGUUUCCUAGUUGCAAGAAAUGUGCUCGAGCUAAUAAACCUUGUGUCUCUUUGGAUCCCGCAACAGGUAGAGAUGUGCCCCGGUCCUAUGUGAUAUUUCUUGAGGAUAGAUUGACGGCUAUGAUGAAUAAGUUGAGAGAAUGUGGUGUAGAUCCAGAGAGGGUGCAGGGAAAUAUCCCUAUGACUAGUGAAGAUAAUCCCUGUGAUAUUGAGUUAUAUGAAGAAAGAUUGAGAAAUGAACAUCAAGUACCGCAUGAUAACUUACUGGCGGCUUAUCUGAUCAACAAGGGUACCUCUAUGCAGCAAGGUGUUGGUAUAGCUGAUGAUGAGGAAACAGCAUCUAACGGUGGUGGUUCCCACAUCUCACCGCAAUCUGGACUGACGAGAUCUGCAGAGUUAGACGAAUCUCAUAAGAGCAUAACUGCGAUUGGAUCUAUAAAGAACAAUGCCUCCAAUUCGUAUUUGGGGGACUCAUCGGGUAUUCCCUUCGCUAAAUUGGUAUUUACAGCUGUGAAUUUUAGACCGGAUUCUGUAGAAGAUGAAUCUGAUGAGGAGAUUAAACAGCGAGAGUCCCAAUAUGUGGAUUAUUCCAAUGCAGAAACUACAUCUGCAUUCGAACCACUAUGGUUACCACCCAGAGAAAUCGCAGAAAGUUUCGUUUCUCAGUAUUUUACUGAUUCCAAUUCUCAAUUGCCAGUUCUACAUCGUGAAUAUUUCCUCAAGAAAUAUUUUGAACCCAUUUACGGUUCUUGGAACCCAUCAGUAUCCUUAGCGUCUGAUCAUACGAAGAUUAACACUUCUUUUAAACUUCCAAGAGAUUGUGAAGAUGUACAGGAUGAAGAACCGUGGUAUGAUUCUUGGAAACGCAGAUACGAUAGAGAGGAAAAUAUUACACUUCCAGACAAAUACGAGAUACCAUAUUUUUUCUUAAACAUGGUAUUUGCUAUUGGUGAGUCGACUCAGGUGCUCCGAUCAGAUACUGUUAGGGUAGUUUCCUUUAAACGGAGAGCUCUUCAAUUUUCUAAGGCACUUAAUUUCUCACCCAACAGACUGGAAUCCCUAGCAGGAACUGUCCUAGUUGCUGUUUACUCCUUGAUGAGGCCUAACGUACCGGGUGUAUGGUAUACAAUGGGAUCUGCACUGAGGCUAGCUGUUGAUUUGGGUUUACAUGCAGAGAAGCUUAACCGAAACUAUGAUCCAUUCACUAGGGAACUUCGUAGAAGAUUGUUUUGGUGUGUUUAUUCCUUAGACCGACAGAUAUGCUCGUAUUUUGGACGUCCUUUUGGUAUCCCAGAGGAAAACAUUACUGCAAGAUACCCGAGUAUGUUGGAUGAUGCCCUAAUUACCACUACUAAUGAUGAUAUUGUGGAUUAUUCCAAGAUGAAAAGCUCAAUGGCGAGCCCCAAAGUCGUUGCCUUAGCCAUGUUUAAAGUGAGAAGGCUUCAGGCAAAUAUCGUGCAAGUACUGUAUGCGCCUAACGGUGAAGUGCCUCGUAGCUUCUCUAAUUUGGAGUCAUGGAAGUUUGAGAUGCAUAGGUCGUUAGAUAACUGGUUCCGCAAAGAGGUUCCAAAAACCUACAAGAAGAUGAAUAGUAAAUUCAAUACGGAAUUUUUCAACCUAAAUUAUUGGUUCACCAAGAGUAUGUUAUAUGGUUUGUCACCAAAGAUUUUAACGCUUGAUGACUAUGCAUUUGAUGUAGUCUAUGAUAGCACUAGGGGUUCCAUCGACGUUUUUUACAAACUAUGCCAUAACUCAAAGAUCAAUUAUACAUGGGUCACAGUUCAUAUGUUGUUUAUGACAUCUAUGACAUAUCUUUACAGCAUUUAUUAUUCGGAUAGAGGCAUACGAGAUGGCAGAAAGAUGGCAGAAAAUUAUGUUUCAAAGCUACUCUAUGUCUUGAGAAAGUUAAUUGGGACAUGUGAAGCAGCAAAGAACUGCUAUAAUAUUUGCAAAGUUCUAUCGGCGGCAAUGAUUAAACUAAGGUUCGAUGGGAACAAAACAGAAGAAAAUAGCACGCCACGUUACCCGCAGGUAAUGUCUUCCAACUCAUCUCCUGUAGAUAUUUUGGAAGGUACUUUAGAUAUGCCAAAAAUCAAACCUGAUUCCUUCGACGUUCCCCUGGAUCAGUUUUUUGACGAAUUAGAAAGGGUUACUUUACAGUCGGAUCCUGAAUCCACUAGGAGUAAGUUUUCUAGUCAUGAUUCUCCGCAGUUGCCCAACGUAAAUUACCCUUCACUUGAAGCUGAAGAUGGUGCUGAUGUGGAAAGGGACAGGUCAGCAAAUGGUAAGGAUGGGCAAAGAAUUAUAGAUAUGGUUACUCAGGUCACUACGGACUCCAUUUGGAGUGAAUUUUUCAACAAGGCACGUAGUAGUAAUGGGUUUACUAUUAAUGAGGAUGAAUUGAAUAAAGGUGCUAGUAAUUUCCCGCUUUAA